AGGGAAGAUCUGGUGUGAGACAUAAAUUGUGAGGAAGAGGAGGAGGAAGAUUCCAGAGAAUGAGCUCAGAAGCUCACUGAACUGUUCACUUGAGGGAAACGAGACCAUAUCAGGAUUACCAAGACCAGGACUUCACAGUAGAGGAAGUGGAACUACUACAGAAGAUCCUUCAGGAAAAGACGUGCCAAUAGAUACACGAUAUGGUGCACAUCUGCAGGCUGUUUGUGGUGAUGGGGAUGUUGAUGUUUCUAAGUGCCCAGUUUGCCAGCUCUCAGCACUGGUCUCAUGGCUGGUACCCUGGAGGAAAGAGAGAGAUAGACGUUUACGAUCCUUCAGAGGUUUCAGAAGAAAUUAAACUCUGUGACGCAGGGAAAUGCAGCUUCCUGAGACCCCAUGGAAGAAACAUUUUGAAGACAAUACUGCUGGACGCCCUCAUACGGGAUUUCCAAAAGAGAAAGUGACACCGAGAUGACGCAUCAGCCCAUGUCCAAAGAACCAUUAUUUCAUGCAAACACAUUAGGCCUGCAUUUGCAUCCAAAUUAUUCUGUGAUAUUUCUUUUUUUUUAUUUUUUUUUUUAUAUGUUCCGUAUUUUGUUCUCUUCUCAUACCCAUUGUGAGUAAAUCUAUACUGC